AUGGAGGCAAUGGUGUGUGAGGCCAUCCUUUCAGUUUACAUCAUUUCCUUCCUGAUUGGCCUGCCAGCCAACCUGGUCGCUCUCUACGCCUUCAGUGUCAAGAUCCACUCCAAGCCUCUUCCAACAGACAUCCUGCUGCUCAACCUGACGCUGUCUGACCUGCUCUUCCUGAUCGUCCUUCCCUUCAAGAUGCACGAGGCAGUGUCGGGCAUGAAGUGGACUCUGCACCACUUCCUGUGCACCAUCACCACUGUCACAUUUUUCUCCACCAUCUACACCAGCUCCUUGUUGCUGAUGGCUGUCAGCGUGGUUCGGUACAUCGGAGUGGCUUUCCCUGUCGCCUUUCAUCAGCUGUGUAGACCUGUGUACGCAGUGGUGAUCAGUGCUGUUGUCUGGCUGAUCUCAGCAGCACACUGCAGCAUUGUUUUGAUCAUCCAGCACCACCCGACGCUAGCUAAAAACAACUCCAGUGUUUGUUAUGAGAACUUCACAGAGGACCAGCUGAACAUCCUCCUCUCAGUCCGUCUGGAGUUCUUCUUGGUGCUCUGCCUUAUACCUCUUGUAGUUUCUGUUUACUGCUACCUGCGCUGCAUCCUGAUCCUGUUCAGCCAGCCGAUGAUAUCCCGGAAGCAGAAGCAGAAAGCCAUCGGCAUGGCCUCAGGAACUCUGGCUGUGUUUCUCAUCUGUGUGGUGCCGUACAACGUCUCUCAUGUAGUGGGUUUCUUCCAGGGUGAGAGCCCAACAUGGAGGUACUACGCCUUGCUGCUCAGCGCCUUCAACACCUGCAUUGAUCCCAUCAUCUUCUACUUUUCCUCGUCCAAGUUUCACUGCACUGGAGAAAAGUCCAUUUUCAGGAAGUGUGGAAUCACUGUUACAGAAAGGCACGGCACACACUCCAGCUAAG